AGACCUGUCAGUACGCGUUCGACCGUCACGCUGUUGCUACUGUGCGGACGUGUUUUCCUCUCGUUCGUACGUGAUCGUGAUAUUCUUGGUUAUUGUUCACGUGUGCGCGAAUAUUCAUACUGUUUGAAGCAGUUCACCUCGCAGUGGAGAAUGAAGUGAUCCAGCUUGAACGUGCCACGGGGUGCAUUCUCAAAAAACAGAAGCAUGGAUCAACGAGGUGUCUUCUUCGCUUCGAUCGUUUGCUUGCUGAUUGCCUUGGCUGUCGCCUCCGAAGCGAGGACCGGACAGAGGCAAGUUACCGGAAGCAGUGAGCAGGAACCAUCGCUACUCGCCGCUCCAGCGGCGAGUAGCUGGGCGACGAACAUAACCGGGUCGAGCAGCGCGGUUACCCAGGACGAGGUCGUACCGGGACAUGCCCCUCGGUCGCAAGGUGAGCGUGAACGGGUGGAGCGGACCGAUAACGAGCCUCAGAUGAAACGGGACGAGGUGGGGGCGGGGCAGGAGGAUUACGAGGGCGAGGACGAGUACGAGGACGAGCUGAAGGCCGUCGCCGAGUCGCACGAGGCGAUGUCGAGGGACGACACUAGGAAUUUGAACGCGUCCACGGCAACGUCCAGCAGGCUCGCCGAUGGUACGUCCAUCGUUGCUUCGAAGAACUUCGACUCGCACGAGGUGAUCAACGUGAACAAUUCCGACGAGGAUGUCGCCUCUAACGAAGCCAUCACCAACGAGGUUGUCGACAAGUAUGACGAAGAGGUGGCAGAGUUAUUAAAAUACAAAAAGGAGAGGAAUUCGAAUCAGAGCGAAACUAACAGAACCAAAACGAAACGUGUCCCUACGGUGAAGAAGGAGCUGAGCACGCAGAAGGAGAUCCUGAUAGGAAGCAACGAGACCCAGGUGCCGAAAAGUCUACUUCCUCCGGAAGACACGCUAAAUCGACUGAACGAAGAGACUGAGGCAAUUCGAAGGCGAAACGUCGAUUCGAACGGGCAGAUAAAAUUCGAAGAUCCAGGGUAUUCCGAGAGAUCAGCAGGCGAGGCCGAAGUUGCCGUGGACAAUCGAUACUCGGAAUCGGAGUCAGAGAGCCCGAAGAAGUUGGACAAGAGGCAAGAAACGGUCCUGAAAGAUCUGAAAUCCUAUUUGCUGACAGAAUACGCGACCGAGCAGGAGCAGCGGGAGAAACUUCGCCAGCUGGGGGCUCGAGAGGACGCUUUAGCCGAGAACGUGCUGAAGUUUCUGGUGAAACUAGCGGAGAAUCCGAACCGAUGGCAACGGGCGCAGAAACUUCUCUUAAACGCGGAGAACGAGUUGAAUCUCUCGAGAAACUCCGUAGACCCGUCGAAACGUAGCUACGACUCGACGUCCACAUUGUUCCCCCCAACCCCACGAUCGCCCGAAGACUCGAGGAAGUCCCGUAAGAAGUUGAAGAAGAAGAAAAAGAAGCCGAAGCAUCGUUUCUCUACGACCACGUUGACGCCGGUACCAGCGACGCCCCCUUUGUUGACCACCACAGAGACGCCAUGGCAAACGACGCCGGUUCAAUGGCGUCUGGUCGCGGAAAGGCUCUUUGGACCGCCGUGGCAGCAGGAUCUCCAGGAACAGAAUGAAAAGACCAGCGCUCGCUACUCCGUUUCCCAAAGCCCUAGAACCUUGCCCUCUAUUCGGGAUCUGAUCGAAAGAAGCAAGCCGAAGAGCAAUCUAAAGUCGUUCCCGUCUGAUAGAAAGGCUAUGAUAACGGAAGACGUCGCCGAACUUGGCGAUCAAAGGGUGGUGCGGUUCGGCAACGUUGGAAAUCGUCAGACAGCAGGUAUUCAACCGCAUGGGGAAUUUGUGAACGUCUAUGACAGAUCUACAGACUCAGAACGCAUUCCAGAUUACGACCUAGCCUAUCACCGACCCAGGUACAAUCCGCUACUGACAGGACCUCGCGACUUCCUACGAAGACAGGAGGAGGAUUACCAAAGCGACUCCAAUAUGCAGGUGGACGGUUUUGGGCGCAGUCAAGACUACGAGGCGCAGGGUGGUGACUUUCCAUUGAGCAAAAGCUGGCCAGACAUCUUUCGAUACACCGGACCAUGGAAAACCGAGGAGCGUCCUUUGAUGCCGGUAGCCUUCGAGAAGUGGCCCUGGAGGCAGCCUCCGGCCGAUCCCAAGUACUGGCCGCAGCGUAACAGUUAUUUGCCUCCAGAGAGGGGCUACUGGUCAGCCUUUGGCAACGAAGAGGAGCCGGAUGAUGUGGCAGAAGCUGAGAAAGUUUGGCAGGAACAACGCGCCCAGCAUUCCUGGGACAGAGAGAGAUCCUGGCCCGUGGAGAAACCUUUGAAACUGCCUCCUUCGUGGCAGCAAAAUGAAAGACCAGCGAAGGUGUACGAUCGUGAUCAAUCCAAUGAUGCAUGGGAGAAGAGCAGGAAUAGAUCAGAAUUGACCAGGUCGAAAGAGUCCAAGGAAAAGGUGGUACUACCUCAAAUCACGAUGAAGACCUGGAAUAGUCUGACUUCGGACCCAGCUACCUGGCCCCAGAAGCUACCGGGCGCGAAACCCUGGCCCAAGGACGAGAACGGGAAGUCUUACAAUCCGAAUGCCGACCUGGUGAAGAAACUGGGCCUGGAUAAGCAGAACGGUGCGACGUGGUCCAAGGAGGAAGCUGAGAAGUCGAAUGGAGAACGAAAGCUGAAGGAGGACAAACAGAGCAGACUGUUUGCUUCGAAGGAUCUUAAUAAAAAUGAAGAAAUACCUCAGACAGAGAUGUCCAAGUACAAAUCCAACGAUGAAAGGAGCAAUUUCAGCGACUACAAGACCAGAUCUAGUGAAUCCAUGAAACCCUGGGCGAUGGUGGUUGGUAAGAGCUCCAAGGACUGGAUGAAAUCCGAAGACAUGCAGGCUGACGACUCUGCUGCUUGGAGGAGAAAGUACAAUGGUAAGAACUCUUGGUCUGAUGAAGCUACCCUGCCUAAGAUCCAGUCAGUUGGAGCCUGGGUGAUGGCUGCUGACCAGUCCACCUGGAAGCCUUAUCAAAUUAAACCAAUGGAAUCCUCAGGCGAGGUCUCCUCCAGAAGAUGGCCCAAAUCAAGAUCAAACAAGGGAUCUUGGGAGAAGAUAAACGAUUCCUGGAUGGACCAGUCUGAUGUUCCCCUAACAGACCUAUGGCCAGGUAAGUCCAGUAAACCAGGCUCCUGGUUCUCAAAGACGAAGGAUACCGAUGGUUGGACGUCAAAGUCGAACAGUCCUGAUUCCUGGAAGAUGAAAGGGGAUUGGAUAUCCAAACCAGAGUCCUCAUCCUGGACGUCCAAGACGGAGGACAAUGAUUCUUGGCCCUCCAGAGGAAACGGUGGUUCCUGGUCGACGAAAACCAACGAAUCCUGGUCCUCCAAGGUAGAUGAUGGUUCCAAGUUCAAUAGAGACACCGGAGACACUUGGUCCAGGAAGUCGAGCGAGCAGAAUGGCUGGGGGUCGAAGAACAACGAAUUGACCCCCUGGCAGCAGAAGAUCAACGACGAAUGGAACUAUGGGAAGUCUAGUUCCACGGGUACUUGGCCUACCAAAUGGAAACAGUUCGCGUACCACAGAGUGACGGCCAUGCCCAUCUCCAAACCUGGAACCACUUCGGACGCUGCGUCCUCUAAGUCGAGGAACGCUUUCGUCGCGGUAUCUGCGGUGUCCUCCCAAAAAUAUUCCGGGAACGAGUGGAGGAAGAACGAGGAUGAGACGAGGAACGAGAAUAGACAAGAAGAGCAAGAUAGAUCUGGCAAUCAACUUCAGGUAGGACUGGAACGACCCAUCUACGAGUGGAAGAAGGAUCCUGGACUGAGGACCGGCUCGAAAAGCAACGGCACAGACCCGCUGGAGAACCAGCUGGAAGCACUCAGACAAAUUGACUUCUGGUCUUACAAAGAGAACGAGGCCGAGAAGCGAUUGACUUCGACCAGCGCGACCACGGAGAGGACGUCCAUCAUCCCGACCAAUUCCUCGUCGACGAUGCAACGACGGGCUGGCCUAGCAUCGGGGAACAGUAACAUCCUUCUCGAGACGAAUCGACGGACGAUCUCGAUGAAAUAGAUCGAAUGUUAAACGUUAGAUCCAGAAUGAGUACCGGUCUCUGUUCGAUCGACAAUAGGCUACCAGGCGAAGUCUCCGAGCAAUUUCCAACGACUCUCUGGCCCCCUGCCAAGGUGCACCGAAGCCUGUCACCCGUCUGCGCUUUAUAAUUUGAUCCACGUCAUGGAAUAAUCUCUUUUUGUCCUGCCGUCACGUGUACCCGGGAGUAAACUCGUUAUCCCUUCGAGCGAGUUACACUUUCCGUUUAAUAUAUCUCCUCGAUUCUUCGUUCGGCUUGUUUAAUCUUCUGGCUUUGUAUUUAGGAGUGCAGAUUAAUUCGGUGCCUUCAAUUAUUCCUAUUCCUGAUUACUAUUGUAAAUUUUAAUAUUUAAGAAUUCCCGAUGGUACCCAUCAAAUAUUGUGGUUUUAAAAGGAAAUUUCCCAAUAAAACGAGGCGCUUAAUUAAUUUGCACAAUUUAUAUUUUUUAACGUAAUCAGUGCCAUAGUAGAUUAGCGUUAUACUCGUCGGUGUGUUGCAGUUUCGAAGCGUACGUGGGCGUGUGAAUAAGAAAGAAUAAUAAGAAUUUUAUUUAAGAAAAUAAAAAUGGGAACAAUGGGGUAUAAGGAUAUUCUAAAUGUUACUUUGCGAUUUCCAGGUGAAUUUUCUUGAAAAUUCAGAAGAAAAAUACAAGAAUAUUGUAUUACCCUCUCUUCCUUCGACUUCAUUGCAGAAAUGGUUGAACCUUUCCUACGGUUUAUUCGAUGGUCAUCGAGUAGUAAAGUCAACUUCCAUUGGCAAUGGCACUUGAACCUCUCGAUUUCAUACGCUCCUGUUUUCCUGCCAGUCCUUUCUUCCUUCCUAUCUCUUCAACAUCUCGUAUUCACGGAUUUUUAUCAUAUUUACAUUCGAGAUCAAAGUUGAAGACAUUCGUACGGGAAAUCAGAUGGGAAAACGAUUUUCUGAUAAAGAAAUUCCCUGUAAGAAAUUGGUGCCAUAAACCCACAUUCUAAAACACAUUACACCCUUAAUCCCUCUUUCGAAACACUUCCCUUUGGAAUCAUUAGAAAGGCGAUGAAAAAAGUUACCGAGAGAAUUUAGAACUGCGAAAAGAGCAAGUACGAUAUCAAUCUCUGGAAGAGCAGAUAACUAAAAGAAACGAAUUAAAGAGAAAAAGUGGGUAGGAAGGAAAGGUCUCGCAGGCUGGUGUUUCCAAGACAAAUAUGCGAGAUGCAAAGGGUGAAUCAGGGAUGGUGGUGGUAUUUUUUUUUUUCUCUUGGAGCAGAAAAGAGGGUCGACAGCGAGACAGUUCAUUCUGUCGCUGGAAAUAAGGGGUUGCUCGUUUAGGCGCGAGCCAGGAUAAAUAGCACGGAAUAAACUGGCAACCGGUUCUUUUUUCACAAAGCUAAUUAACCCUUUGAGUAGCAAACUUCUCAGACACGGAUUGUUGCUACGAACAACUUCUUAUUAAAUUCAGAAUCUUUCUUUUGUAUCUCCAUUCAGUGCCCUUUCAUUUUAAUCAUUGUACAUAACGGUAUAUAAAUUAUAAGAAAAUUCAUUAUCAGAGACACCCUUUAAUUAAUUUGAAAAUUUUUGAACAUGAUCAUAGAGGAUCAAACGUCCACGCGCGUGUACACAUUCGAAAGGUAAUUUAGCUUAAUCAAUUAUAGCUGAAACGCUUGAUUAAAUCGAUCAGAGAGGAUUAAUCGAUCUAAUUACAAGAUUAAUUCGUCAUUAGGGUGCACCAUUACGGGGCUAACUUAAGGGGUGGUAUGUUUGUGUUAAAUAGGGAACUGGUAACUUCGUUGUGCAGAGAGUUUAGUAGGAAAAAUUAUUUUUUCUACGGGAUUGAAAUCGUCGGUCACGGCUAAUCAUGGCCGCUCAAUUCGUUCAACCCUUUGUGUGCCCUUAACGCAUCACAAGUCGCCCUUCUUAGAAAAUUCAGAUUAACGAUCGAUAUUAUAAAGCAGUGUUCAAAAUAUAUUCUAACGACUUCUAAUGCGUUAAAUCUGCCAUCUCUCUUAUUCAUGACAAUAUUCGAAACACAAGGAAAGAGAAGAAACACUCUGUGUCAUUAAUUGUAAUGAUGAAGUUAAUCUUGUAUUUAACACGUUCACUAAUCAAAUAUAUUAAUUCGCAGGUUAAAAUUAUUAAUAUUCAGAAUUUUCAAUGUUAAAUGAAAUUCAGGAUGGUGAAGGUGUUAAUGAAAAAGAUUAUCAAAUUGUAAUAAGGACAAUGUGUUGAUUGACCGAUGAAGAAAAUAAAUGAAGGUUAAAGAGAGACUGAAAACGUGGCAUAUCACUUGGUAUAAUAAUUCAUAAUUGGACCAGCGAUUAUGUGUUGUGUGUGUAGAUGGAACAGAAUUGAAAAUGUUGACCUCUUCAGGGAUAUCCAUGUGUACAUAUUAUUUCUACCUUUUUCUUUUCAUGCUUGACAAAGUUAUAAUAAAUAUUAUUGCAAAUAAAAUAUUCGAUGUUCCCGAAUAAAGAUGAAACAUAUCUGGUUUGAAA